AUGUCAUUCCUGAAGAACUACAUCGGCUUCGGUGGGGCUGCUGCACCUGCCCAGGAUGAGAAGAACGCUGUCAGGGCCCUUCCCGCUUCCUGGUACACAUCCCAGGAGAUGUACGAGCUUGAGCGUCGCGCCAUCUUCUCCAGGAAAUGGCUCCUCAUUACCCACAAGGCCAGAGUCCCUAAGCCGGGAGACUGGAUCAAGUACAACGUUGCCGGCUACUCUUUCAUCGUUGUUCAGGACCGCAAGGGCAAGAUCAAUGCGUUCCACAACAUUUGCAGGCACCGCGCCUUCCCUGUUGUGACCGAGGAUGGCGGCAACAGCUUCAUGUUCUCUUGCAAGUAUCAUGGCUGGUCAUACGGUCUCAGCGGCAACCUGGCCAAGGCCCCUGGCUACCAAGACCUUGAUGGCUUCGACAAGUCCAAGAACGGUCUCUUCCCUAUUCAUGUUCACAUUGACCGCAAUGGCUUCGUCUGGGUGAACCUCGAUGCCAACGAGCAGCCCGAGGUUGCUUGGAACGACGACUUCUACGGCAUCGACGAGCAGGAGAGAUUCCAGCACUACAACUUUGACGACUACGUCUUUGACCACCAAUGGGAGAUGGAGGGCGACUACAACUGGAAGAUCCUUGCCGACAACUACAACGAGUGCUACCACUGCAAGGUGGCCCACCCCGACAUUCCUUCCAUUGCCGACCUCAACUCUUACUACGUCAACACCAAGGACGCCUACAUCCAGCACUUCGGCCAGCCCACACCAGAGCAGAUUGAGAAGGGCUUCCGUGUAGCUGCCACCUACUUCUGGCCCAAUGCUUCCAUGAAUGUCUCCCCUCACUUCUUCUUCAUCCAGCGCUUCGUCCCAAGCGGACCUGGCAAGUCAGCCAUGAGGUACGAAGUCUUCCGCAACAAGAACUCCAGCGACGAGGACUUCACCGUCAUCAGCGACAUGUACAAGCGCAUCAUGUCCGAGGACAAGUACCUUUGCGACAACGCCCAGAAGAACAUCAACGCUGGCGUGUUUGUCAAUGGCGAGAUGCACCCGACCAUGGAGAAGGGCCCUCUAUUCUUCCAGUCGAAGGUCCGUGAGAACCUCACAGCACACUUCAAGAAGGAGCAGGCUCUCGGCGCCCAGAUCUGGCCCGCCCAGCAACAAGUUCCCAAGACCGCCACAGCAAGCCAAGAAGACACCAACUUCUGCUCGGCCGUCGACUGCUGCAGGAACAAGAGCAAAAUGGAGGAGAAGAAACCACUAUGCUUGGACGAGGCGAUUGCUUUCUAA